AUGAUUGUCAGCAGUUUACUAAGUAUUUUCAAUUGGAAUAGUCCCCGUCGAGCCGAAACAGAAAUGAGUGCAGAAGAAGAAGCACAACCUGAGCCUCAGCCAAUGGCUGCAGUUAUCGACGCUGAGCCUGAAAAGACCGUAGAGAUGAUCACAGCUGCACCACCCGAACAAGUCUUCAAUACACCCGUCUCAAAGGCUAACGUAAGCGAGUCGGAUCUAACAAGGACGUUCACACGUCGAGCCGCAAUACCCAAGGACAUCUCACCAAUUCCUGAUAAUUCGAUGCCGUCACCUGUACCACCACCACCUGCAGCUGCGGCUGAGACUCCAGCUAAUCCGAAUCCUAAUCCUAGAGCAGAAAGCAGAAAUGUUCGCUCAAGUCGCCAAAAGACAAUGACAAUGGAUCCGAGUGGAACUCAAGAGUUGAGAAAGCUGUUUAUGGAUGCUAGACAGUCUGGCAUCUCACUGGAUGAUUUGGAAGCGAAAAUGGUGGAUUUGUUCAGAACCAAGGAUGCAGAAAUGAAUGGACGUCUCGCAAAGGUUAUGGAACAAGUCGAGCAUCAUGAAAAACAUGAAUGUCGUAACGAUGAGGCGAAUUUGAUGGUUUAUCGAGCACUUGUAGCUGAAUAUCAAAUGAUGAUUGAAGAGCUAACAUCAGGAGCUUACAUUCACGUUGGGAGACUUGAAGAAUAUGGGUAUUCGAAGAAUGGCAUAGGUGGAAUGGGUUGUGGAGCAAAUUGCAAGGCGUCUUUAGAGCGAGACCAAAUCAAAAUUGAAUUGGAUUCGCUGCACGAAGAUUAUGCGAAGCUAUAUGAUUCAUUCAAGAGAAUGCGAGCCACGGCAGAGGAACAAAAGCAGGAGUAUGCUGCUUUACACGAGAAAUUUGUUGAGAAGGUGGAAGAUAUCAAGCGACUUCAAGGGAAGUUAUUGCGUCUACGUGAAGAUGCGCAGAACAAACUGGAGAUGGCUUCAAAGGAUAUGGCGGAUUGUAUCCGAGACAGAGAUGAAAGCCUAGUAGGAUUGAAAUUGAAGGUGCGACAACUCGAAAUGGAGUUGUCUUCAAGUCAAAAAGAAUUGGAGAUCAAAAAGAACGAAUGCGUGGAACUUCGUGACAUCUGCAACACGCUAAUGUCACAAGUAGAACCAGGAUCGGACGUGGAGCAGUAGUACCUACUGGACGUUACCUUUGCCAUUCUACUGCAAAAUUGGUUUGAAACUAGCGCCAGAGUGUUGUUUCUGAUUUGAGCGAUCCUAGUGCGGUUAUUGCUUCUCUUACUCAAUGAUCUUGCAUUCUUCAUAGUUAUCUGAUCAUCAAUUGAUUUGUUACCAGCUGUACUAUACGAAUUGAAUCACUGAUUG